GCCGAUGGUUGAUACUGUUCGUAGAAAUCGAAGCGAAGGCAAAGAUGACUUGCAUAUUUCUCAAGUACACGCCUAGCUCCAGCACGCUUAUGGAGUAUUAUUCGACGCAACGAACGACGCCACGGCCCCACGACGCAUUUUGUGAUUUUGGAACGCGUUGUUCUGGUUAUCUUGCUUGAUUUAAAAGGUAACGCUUUUAACUUACCAGAAUGCCGAACGAAGCACGUCGAGAACGUAAAAACUCGGCUCCGCUAUCACCGAGUCCGAUUCUAGAUAUCUCCGACGAUGAACUUGUGUCAAUCUCGGUGCGAGAUCUCAACCGACAGCUGAAGAUGCGCGGGUUGUCGCGCGAUGAAAUCGUUAAAAUGAAGCAGCGGCGGCGCACGCUGAAGAAUCGUGGCUAUGCUGCAUCCUGCCGCAUCAAACGCAUCGAGCAGAAGGAUGAACUCGAAAACGAGAAGAGCCAAGAAUGGCGCGACAUGGAGCUUAUGGCCGACGAUAACGAGCACCUCAAGGAGGAGAUCAACGCUAUUCGCGUCAAGUACGAAGCGCUGAAGAAGUUCGCCGCGGCGAAUAAGAUUCCGCUGCCGCAAAAUUUAGAAACAAUGUGAUUUUAGACUAAGCAAAAACUGGGUUUUAUUUUUUAUUUUAUUUUUUAAUCAUAUAGAAUUAUGAUAUGUGUAAUGUAAUACAUAAUCCUCCCAAUCUUCCUGAAA